AUGACUGCCCACGCGGACCCAGAUCGGUCGUCGGACCCGCCCGUCUCGGCCGUAACCCAGAAGACCUUCGUAGCUACUGCUACUAAAACGGCGGACACAGACAAAAAGGAGAACGCCGAUGCAUAUGUCACCUCCGAUACCAACAGUCUGGCACAGACUCCACAGACUCUUACGUUACGCCAGAAGUUCCUUGCAGUCGUAUGGGAUUCUCUAGAUAAGAGCCCCGAGGAGCGGGCAUUUGUUGCCAAGGCGGACUGGUGGAUCUUGAGCUACUGCUGCAUUUCCUAUUUUGUCAAGUACCUGGAUCAAACGAAUAUCUCCAACGCCUAUGUCUCAGGUAUGCGAGAAGAUCUUAAGCUUACCGGAAAUGAUCUUAACUACCUAACGACGUGGUGGAAUGUCGGGUAUAUCCUCGGCCAGCUGCCUUCCCAGCUUGCCCUCACCCGGAUCCGUCCGUCCGUCUGGUUGCCAACGCUUGAGCUCAUCUGGAGCUUCAUCGUGAUGGGCAUGGCCGGUGCGAAAAACGUCAAAACGUUGCACGCUUUGCGGUUCUUCACCGGCUUCCUCGAGGCCUCGGCGUAUCCCGGUAUUAUGACGCUUUUAGGUAACUGGUACACGCCAAGCGAGUUGGGCAAGCGAGCUUGCAUCUUUCAGGCUUCUUCAAGCGCCGCCCAGAUGUUCUCGGGAUACUUACAGGCCGCUCUGUAUAAGGGCAUGGACGGCCGCGCAGGGCUCCGGGCCUGGCAGUGGCUCUUCAUCUUUGAUGGCAUCAUCGGCGUGCCUAUCUGCCUCUACGGUUACUUCGCCAUCCCUGACGCGCCUACGGGAUCGCGAGCCCGGUGGCUUAAGCCAAAGGAUCGCGCCAUGGCCGUCGAACGCAUGGAGAAGUGCGGUCGAGAGCCCAUGAAGAAACUCACGUGGCGCACCAUACGCAACAUUGUCACGAGCUGGCCCGUCUACCUCUUUUGCUCCAUAUUCAUCGCCCAUGUACUGGGCAUCCGAAUCUACAGCUACUUCAAUCUCUGGCUUAAAGCCACCCGUCGCUACACUACCGAGGAGGUCAACGUCAUCCCGACAGCUGGGUAUGCCUUGCAGAUCUGUUUCACUUUAACCUACGCUUGGACGUCUGAUGCCAUUGGCCGCCGAUGGCCGAUUAUAAUCGUGGCGUGCCUAGUAGCCAUCAUCGGAACGAUUAUUUUGUCUGUGUGGCCCGAGGACAACAUCCCCGCCAUGAUGGCCGGGUGGCUCCUCACGUUUUGCGAGACUGGUGCUGGGGCGCUCAUAAUAACGUGGAUUAACGAGAUCUUGUCGCAUUCCGCAGAAGAGCGCGCCCUCGUCAUCGGCGUUGUCGAGACGCUGGCUUUCACUUUCCAGGCGUGGGUGCCACUGUUCGUGUAUAACACGGGCCAGGCACCGCAUUUCCCGAUCGGUUAUGAAAUGGCCACUAUGUUCUUUGGCCUCGAGAUUGUCUUGACACUGGUCAUUUUGUAUUGCGUGAAGAAGUGGCCACAGGGUAAAAGGGAGAGGGAGGAGGUCCGGGAUUGGAGCAGGGAUGGAGGGGCCGUUUGA